AGAUUUUUCUUCCAUUCACGCCCAGACUCCAUUUUUUUUUUUUUGGAUUAAAGUCUGUGAUGUAGAAAGAAAACUGAACCCUUCUCAACUGCAACCCACCACAAGCUUUCUUAAUCGACACAAUUAGCCAUCCAGCCAGAUAACCAUUUCUAAUUUCUCCAAAACUACCAUAUCGCAUUAAUUUCUUGGUAAUAGACCGUAUAGCUGUCAGCUUGCAGUGUCUGGAUGGGCAAAACGUGGAGAUAAAUCAAUGACCCAAUUUUGGUUAUGAUAAUUGGAUGCCUGUCAAUUUUAAUAGAACACACAGGUUUUCCAGUGAAAUGGGGAAAGCAAAUGGUGCUGUUCAAAAAGAGGAGGAAAGAAAUACUCUCAUGAGGAAGAAAGAUGCACCCUUGUUUGCUUGGCCAUGGGAGAACCUGGGAAAUUUCAAGUAUUUGUUAUGUGGACCAUUGAUUGCAAAAUUCAUAUAUUCUCUGGUUUGGAAAGAGAGCUGGGAGGAUAUUUGGUGCUUACAUAUUCUUGUUCUCACUGGGCUGAGAGGCCUUGUUCAUCAGUUAUGGAGUUCUUACAGUAAUAUGCUAUUCCUUAACCGGGCAAAAAGGGUGUCUCAACCAGGCAUAGAUUUUGAACAAAUCGACAAGGAAUGGCAUUGGGACAAUUUCCUAAUACUUCAAGCUAUUUUGGCUUCAUUUGCCUAUUUGAGCUUCCCUUCCUUGGCUAAUCUCCCUACCUGGGAAUUUAAAGGGGUUGUUUACUGUCUCGCUUUGCAUAUUGGAUUCUCAGAGCCGCUUUACUAUUUGAUGCAUAGAUUAUUGCAUAGCUCCGAUCUGUAUCCACUUUAUCAUUGGCUACACCAUGAUUCUAAAGUUCCGCAUCCAUUUACAGCGGGCAGUGCAGCGUUUCUGGAACAUCUGUUACUGUGUGUAAUUGUAGGAAUUCCAACACUGGGAACCGCGUUUCUUGGACAUGGUUCGAUAAUCGUUAUCUACACUUAUAUUUUGGCAUUUGAUUUUCUUAGAUGUUUGGGGUAUAGCAAUGUUGAAAUCAUGCCUAAUCACCUCUUCAAGAGUAUUCCAGUUCUCAAGUACCUUAUUUAUAGCCCAACGUACUACGGUCUGCACCAUAUGGAUAAAAGGACUAAUUUUUGCCUCUUUAUGCCUCUCUAUGAUAUGCUCGGGAAGACAAUAAAUACCGGUUCUUGGGACCUUCAGGCAGAGAUAAGUUCAAGGACUAAUGAGAAGGCACCUGAUUUCGUGUUUCUUGCACAUGUUGUUGACGUCAUGUCAGCAAUGCACUCUCCAUUUGUUUUUCGAUCAUUCAGCUCAGUGCCUUUCAGUACAAAGCUCUUCUUGAUACCACUGUGGCCUUAUACCUUCUUGGUGAUGCUCGCCAUGUGGCUAAAAUCCAAGACUUUCCUCUUUAGCUUUUACAUUCUUAGAGGAAGAGUGCACCAGACGUGGGUUGUUCCAAGAUUUGGUUUUCAGUAUUUCUUGCCUUUUGCUGCGGAAGGUAUAAAUAAACGGAUUGAAGAAGCUAUCCUCAUGGCUGACAGACUAGGAGUCAAGGUCAUUAGCCUUGCUGCAUUAAACAAGAAUGAAGGCCUGAAUGGAGGUGGAACACUCUUCGUCAAUAAGCAUCCUGACCUUAAAGUCCGAGUGGUCCAUGGAAACACCUUAACAGCUGCUGUGAUCUUAAACGACAUUCCCAGGGACGUGGAUGAGGUCUUCCUAACAGGUGCCACUUCCAAACUUGGGAGGGCCAUUGCGCUCUACCUGGCACGUAGACGAGUCAGAGUUCUGAUGCUUACCCAAUCCACUGAGAGAUUCAUAAAAAUCCAAAGUGAAGCCCCGGUGGACUGCCAGAAAUUCCUAGUUCAAGUUACCAAGUAUCAAGCAGCUAAACACUGUAAGACGUGGAUAAUUGGGAAAUGGGCUACACCUCGAGAGCAAAGCUGGGCUCCAUCAGGAACGCAUUUUCAUCAAUUUGUAGUCCCGCCUGUCAUCGAAUUCCGUAGAGACUGCACCUAUGGGAAGUUGGCAGCAAUGAAGCUCCCAAAGGACGUCGAGGGGCUUGGAUCAUGCGAGUACACAAUGGGACGAGGCGUUGUUCAUGCGUGCCAUGCAGGCGGAGUGGUUCAUGCUCUCGAAGGGUGGACACACCACGAGGUAGGAGCUAUCAAUGUAGACCAGAUCGAUAUAGUCUGGGAGGCUGCACUGAAGCAUGGGUUGAAGCCCUUGUAGAGGAUGCCAUUUCUGCUCCUCUCCUCUCACCUGAUGAAGAUAAGAUUAUUGCUCAAUGUGGAUCACCCAAGAGCUUGAAGUUGCUUGGAGUUCAUAGAUUAACACUAUUCUUGUUUGUUUUCUUGUACCCCUGCUCCCACUUACCCACAAAAAUUUUAAAAAUAAAUAAAAAAUCUUUUACAGUUCUACAUUAUGCUUUUGCAAACCUGUGUAAACUGAUAGUAUGUUUGUAUUGCUUAUGAAGAAAAGAACAUGCUAUUUCAAUGAUAUCAUUCCUCAAGGGUACAAGUAA